AUUUGAUAUCCAUAUCAUAUACUAUGGAUUUUUUUUAUACUCCAACUACCACGAAGGCCUAAGGCCUAAGCACCCAUUGGGUACCGUGGGGCUAUAGGGGGAUACAGGGGAAAGGGGGAACGCCACACGGACUCUGGCGAGGGAACACGUGUGCAUGCAACAUGCACACAUUCUGGCUCCGCCUACGAGAUCCGCCGGGUGGCCCUCCGCGUUCAACAGUCAGAGACCGUCUACCACCUACGGACAAUCACAACAUCCAUAGCCAAGAGAAAAAUUUCUCCUGGGACGGGAUUCGAAUCCGCACAGCGCACGGCGACUGAUCAGGAACUGCAGAGUCUACUACUGCGGCCACCGCUGCUGCCUCAA